GGGCCGUCGCUUCCUCUCUCCCGGCCAUUGUAAGCCGGGCUGGAGGGCGGCAGGCGUUGUGGUGGUGGCGACGGCGGGGCAGGAGGAGGGAAUGAGCGAGGAGGAGGCGGAGGAGCCUUGCGGGAACGCGAGGAGCUGCGGCAGCUUCCCCAGUAUAGAGCAAAUGCUGGCGUCCAACCCCGGCAAGACCCCUAUCAGCCUGCUGCAGGAGUAUGGGACACGCAUAGGCAAAACGCCUGUCUACGACCUACUGAAAGCUGAGGGACAGGCGCAUCAGCCCAACUUCACUUUUCGCGUCACCGUUGGCGACAUCAGCUGCACCGGCCAAGGCCCUAGCAAAAAAGCAGCCAAGCACAAGGCAGCUGAGGUGGCGCUGAGGCUUCUGAAGGGAGGGAACAUGUUGGAGCCAGCCGCACUGGAGGAGAACAGCUCUCCUUUCUCUCUAGAGCCCUUGGCUCAGGCUGCUGCCACCACGGCCACCCCCCCAGUUGCCACGCCUGUAACCAUCCUGCCGGUUGCCUCUCCCAGCUCCCCGAUGGACCUGAAAUCACCGGUAUCACCACAGCAGUCGGAAUGCAACCCGGUUGGGGCCCUGCAGGAGCUGGUUGUGCAGAAGGGCUGGCGACUCCCCGAAUACACGGUCACUCAGGAGUCAGGACCUGCGCACCGCAAGGAAUUCACCAUGACCUGCCGUGUGGAAAGGUUCAUUGAAAUAGGCAGCGGCACUUCCAAAAAACUGGCCAAGCGCAAUGCUGCGGCGAAGAUGCUGGUGCGGAUCCAUAAUGUGCCUCUGGACCCACGAGAGGGCAGUGAGGCUGAAGUGGAGGAGGACCAGUUUUCUAUUAUUGCAGGAAGCAAACUGGACGGGGUGAGGGGCCGGGGGUCUGGCUGCACCUGGGAUUCUCUGCGCAACUCUGCGGGAGAGAAGAUUCUGCACCUCAAAAGCCACCCGCUGGCGGUGCUCAAUGCUGGCUUUUGCAGCCUCUUGCAGGAGCUCUCUGAAGAGCAGAGCUUUGAUAUCAGCUACCUCGAUAUUGAUGAGAUGAGCUUGAGCGGCCUGUACCAGUGCCUGGUGGAGCUCUCCACACAGCCGACGACAGUGUGUCAUGGCUCAGCCACUUCUCGCCAUGCCGCCCGCGCGGACGCUGCCCGCAAUGCCCUUCAGUACCUCAAAAUCAUGGCAGGGGGAAAAUGAGGGGCCUGACCACUGCUGAUGACUCAGAGCAACUCGGGCUUCCCAAGCAGCGCCGUGUCCGUCUUCCCGCCUGCUGAAGGAGGCAGCUGCCUUUCCUCCAAUCAACAAUUGCCAGGGACAGGGGGAGAUUUGCAGGAGCUACAUGAGAGCCCCCGCCCCCCACUGGUUGGGAGGGUGGAGGUGGAGUGUUAUUCCAGACCGGAAUCAAGACUCGAAGGGGAUUUGCUGUGCCGGUAGCAGAGAGAAGGUUUGUGGAGACUUGUAGCCCUGAAUAUGAGGGGCUGGGACUGCCCGUCUGGAGGUCACGGCUGUCCUGCCUUGCCAUGAUUCCCCUGAAGUCAUCCUGGUACUUCUUGUGGGCAGACAAGCACUGACUGUUUCUCUCAUGGCUGGGGGUUGCAAUAAACUGGAAUUUUGUAA